GACUACUUCCAUUAAAAGCAGACGGCCUAGCCUAGCCUACUGUAUAACUUUGGUCGAGCAAAAACACAGAGCAAAAACAUGGCUGAAUCCUGAAUGACUCAGUUUUGUAUAAAUAGGGGACUACAUAGGCGGCAAAAUUUAGUUUUUUCCCGCCAUGGAAGUGCACUUGUAUACCGAGGAGGAAGAAAUUUGCAUUACAGCCGUGAACGAGGAUUCAAAAUGGCGCCUCGGCUCAGUUUUCCCUUUCUCCUCAGUAUACAAGUUUGCACAAAAUUUAAUGUUCUAACUGGUCAAAUGCUAUUCCUCCACAGCAUGUCUCAUUUUGAAGCUAAUGCUGACCUGAUCAGUUCCCGAGGAAAGAAAAAGAAGAAAGUAGCUGGUGACAGUGAUGCUGGUGUAGAAAACAAAGUCCAGCAGAAAACUACGUAAAAUGAUUGGAAAAGAUAAGGAAUGGUGCCUCUUCUAUUUUCAUGUGGCAGAAAGAUCCUUGUACAGUGUCCCAAAAUCAUGGGUGUCUGCCUUCAACAACCUGAAGAAGCCUUUAGGUGAUGGGCGUUAUGAAAUAUUCCAUAAGUGUUGGUGGCCAACAGAAGACAGCAGUGAGGCUACUGCAUCCACAAUGAAGAUGCUAGUAAGAAACUGUUCUGAACCGGACUUCAACCAAUGGACACAACGCAGAGGCAAGUCGUCGGGAACAUUCCUUGAAUUAGAAAAGUGUGAGGCAGCGCUUGCUAAACGAGAAGGAAUAUCAACAACGGAAAGUGAAAACAAUGGAGAGGAGUCUACAGCAGAGAUAUCAACACCAGGGAGAGCUGAGGCAAAAAGCCAAGAUGAUGUGGUUGAUCAUGCUAAUGAAACAGCAGCAACCAUGCCUGCUGUCAGAAGAGUUACUAAACCAGUGAAUUCUCCAUCCGACCAAUCGGCUGCUGUCAGAAGAGUUACUAAACCAGUGAAUUCUCCAUCCGACCAAUCGGUUGAGCCUGAGCCGAAAAACAUGCCUACAGUUGAAUCACACCAACAGCCCGAUCCGUCUAUAUCGGAGAAUAGUAGUGAAUCCACAGGUUUGUAUCAUUAUGGUUAAAUGAGAUUGUACAGUGUCUUGUGCUGUUAAUUCUAAA